AUGGCGAGUCUAUACGAUAUUAUAUACCUUGAAUUAACAAACCAAGCAGCUAAAAGAUAUGCUAGCUGCAGAGAAGAUGCUAUUGUUAAGGAAGGAGACCCAUACGUACACCCGCCGGUGCUGCAUUUUUCAACUUCCUUCAGUAUUCUACCAGGUUCUAUUGAGAGUCUGAAGAUAGAUGGUUUAAAUAAUAGAAGACAUAGAUUUUCUUCUAUUGAUUCUGCUGCUGCUGAUCUGCUGUCUCGCUGCACGGGGUUAAGAGACCUCUCUCUGGUGUACGUACAGCUGAAUUCGUUCACUGGCCUCCCGAGGUUUCCCCUGCUAAAGUCUCUGCAAAUGCAAGGCAAUCAAAUUGACAGCUUCAAAGGUUUGCUGCACCAACCCUCUCUACAGGAAUUGAACAUGUGGGGCAAUUUGCUGCGGGGUUUUAAAAAUUUUCCUGCUCUACCAAAUCUACGAGAACUGAAUUUGAGCUGCAACAGAAUAGAAAGACAGUUUGAACGACUUGUUGCUAGAGCUCCCAGGCUAUCAGUGCUGCGCCUAUCAUUAAACCCGAUUGAAGAAGAAAAAGAAUUAAUGCAUUUGGAAGGGCUUGCUGAUUUGCGUUUGCUGGAGAUAUACGGCUGUCCUGUGGUUGAGCGUUUGCUGCACUCGACCUCAAAUUUUUUACAAAGAAUGAAGGCCAAAGGAGUUGUUGUUAUAUUGCAGCAAAGUAGAAUACCAUUAGAAAUGCUGCUGCAGCUGCAGCAAAUGCAGGAGGAACACUACCAGCAGCAGCAGCAGCAGCAACAACAACAACAACAGCAGCAGCAGCAGCAACAGAAGAAGCUGCAGCAGCAGCACAUGCUGCUGCCCUAUAGUACUCCGCCUGUAGCCAUUACCGUUACUCCAGCAAAUGAAUAA